GGGGGCGCACCCUCGGGAACGCCCCCCGGGUCGCGGCGGUGAGCACAGGUGCGCGCAGCAUCAUGGCUGACAGCAAGGCCAAGGCAGCCAAAGCCGCCAACAAGACACCCCCCAAGUCCCCAGGGGAGCCCACAAAGGACAAGGCAGCCAAGAGGCUGUCUCUGGAGUCUGACGGUGGCCCUGAGGGGGCGGCUGCCGCAGCCCCAGAGCUCAGUGCCCUGGAGGAAGCCUUCCGCCGGUUUGCAGUCCACGGGGACACCAGGGCCACCGGGAAGGAGAUGCAUGGCAAGAACUGGUCCAAGCUGUGCCGGGACUGCCAGGUGAUCGACGGGAAGAACGUGACGGUCACCGACGUGGACAUUGUCUUCAGCAAGAUCAAGGGGAAGGCCUGUAGGACCAUCACCUUCGAGCAGUUCCAGGAGGCGCUGGAGGAGCUCGCCCGCAAGCGCUUCAAGGACAAGAGCGCAGAGGAGGCUGUGCGUGAGGUGCACCGGCUGGUGGAGGGCCGCGCGCCCAUCAUCUCGGGGGUCACGAAAGCUGUGUCAUCGCCCACCGUGUCCCGGCUCACCGACACCACCAAGUUCACUGGCUCCCACAAGGAACGCUUCGACCAGUCGGGCAAGGGCAAAGGCAAGGCUGGCCGUGUGGACCUGGUGGACGAGUCGGGCUACGUGCCCGGCUACAAGCACGCGGGCACCUAUGACCAAAAGGUGCAGGGGGGCAAGUAGUGCUCCGCGCCAGUGCCCGCGGCACUGCAGGUGUCCUGGGAGCAGGACCGCGUCUCGUCACCCUUCAUUACAUUCCUACGCUCGUCUGGGCACAGGGGUGCCUGGGCUGUAGCCCCAGCACCCCAUCUCACACCCUAGGCUCAGGCCCUGACUCACCAACCCUGCCUCCCUUGCCUCCCUCGCCCUGAGCUGGGAGCAGACAGCUGCUUCUCCUGGUCCCAGCACCCUGGCCACUCGGUCUGCAGGUAACGGCAGCGUUUCAAAGAGCCGGCGGGCAUGGGGACAAGAAUGACAGACCCUACCAGAGGCCACACUGACCUCCCUGCAGCGACCUUUCGGGAGCAUCAACCAUGGACAAGAUGUGGGUGGCGUCUGUGAGCCCGGGGACACCAAGGGCUCCUCGUGCCCUCCAGGGCAGAGGCCACCUGGCAGCUAUGCUGGUGGGCGGGUCACACACGUGUUCACGUGCAUGCCUACAGACCAGGGCUGCGCUGAGAGCAGCCACGGCACUCGCAGCUCUCCUGGAAAGUGAGAGGCGGCGGCAGCUGCAUGUUCCCAGACGCCCCGGCCCCGGGCCCCAGGCUUGGAGGCCCAGUGCAGCCCAGCGGCUGCCCACAGCGUGGUGCCCGUGCCUGCCUGGGGGUCUCUCUCUGAAGCCUCUUGUGAGCAGCAGCUGCCUCUGUCCUCUCUGGGACCUGCGCAGUGCAGGACACCAGACACAAGGAGGGCCCACGGGGUGGGCAGCACGGGCCACCCUGUCCCAGUGGCCCCACAGCAACUGUCCCUUUGCACGAACACAGCCUCACGUGUGCCCUGCUGAAGCUUGGGGGAGACCUCCCAUGAGCCGCGUGGCCACUGCUGACUGUCCAGGGCAGACGGCCACUCAGGGCAGGGCCCCGGUUCCUGCACACGUGCCUGGCCCAUAGCACAAGUCAACAGCGGAGCUGCCCCCCUCACUGCCAUAGUGCCCUUGGCGGAGAGUGUGCCUGCGCGUGGCCACGGAGCCCGGAAGGCUGAGCACAGCUCCUCCUAGAGGCGAUUCCUGGCUGCCCCUGCCCUGCCCUCGCUCCUGCCCUCCCUGAGACCCUCACCCAGGACAAACAGUGUUAAUUAUUCAGCCACGGCCUGAGGGAGCAAAAGGCCUUGUGCAGUGGCCACUGAGCAUGGCUGCUCCCCCACCCUGAGGCCUGAGCCUAGGAAAAGCCCAGGCUGCCCCACACCCUCGUCCACUGCCCUGCCCAGCAUCCUGGUCCCGAGGCCACUUUUCUCCUUCCCUCUUACUCCCAGGCAGUCUGCCCCCUCCCCCUAAUCACAUCAAACAGUGGCACUGGAGGGUUCCCGCCCAUGCAGCAGAAAGGGUGCUCCCAGGGCCAGCUCCUUGGGGCAAGUGAGGACGCUGGGUCCCAGCAAAGGAACCACCCGUAGGGCAAGGCCACCAGGUCACCCCACAGCUGGCUGGAGCAGCCCGAGCGGCAGGGUCGCCCAUGUCAGGCCCUGGAGGUGACGGCCUGAGCGCACCCUGAUGGCCGUGGGUUCUGUGAAGGGAGCCGAGUGCUCCGUCCCCACCCCACACGCAGGCGUGGGCACUGCUCCCCAGCUGCAGGCCACCUCAGACACACGUGGGCCAGGACAGGAUGCGCCCCAGCCAGGCCCCCGACUCUCAGACUCCCGUCAGUUUGCACUGUGCAGUCACCUGCCGCUUUGGUGUCCCAGUGUUACAAAUGCACGAGUGUGUGUGUGUGUGUGUGCGCGCGCGCGUGCAAUGCCAAACAGCUCUACCAACCCUGGUCAAACAGAAUUACAUGCAGCCCAGAGACCGGGGCAGGGUCUGUCAGGAGGGGCAGCCCCGUUCUCCGGGAGCCACAGUGCGGCAGGCGCUCCGGCACCCGGCGGUGAAAGGCAGGAGUGGCUGAGCGUGCUUUCUCCCAGGGCACCUAUUUAUCUCUGUAUGGCCCAGUGGGCCGUGUCGGCUGGGACAGCCACGUCUCAGUCCACAGCCAGGGCCUCAUUUACACUGGAGCACUCUACCUUUUCUGUGUCCCGCCCUCCCUCACAGCAAACGUGGGCGCACGGCACCCGCAGCCACCCCGUCGCCUGUCUGCCCCACCCCCAGGCCCAGGGGCUGCCAGCUCCGGGCACGCCGUGGGCUCUCCGGCCGCCUGGUUUGGGAUUACUGGCUCACAGCCGCACAACUGGAGCAGAGAGGGGUAACAGAAGUCCCGGCCCCCGGCCCCGCGCCCAGACAGCCUGCUCGCCUAAGUUCAUUUUCUGCCGCACCCCAUGCCAUGGGGGGGCUCCCGGUCACCUGCUGAGGACAGCUCAGAGCUAGUGUCCUGCCAGCACUCACGACCAACUCCUCACUCUGGUGGGGGGGGGGGGGCAGGCUGGGACUACGACAGGCACUUAGCAAUGCUUAAGUUAACCUUUCAGCCCUCUUAAAAACUAAACCACGCCAAGUGACAAAGCCCCUGCGCAACAGAACCCGAGAGGGAGCGGAGAGUGAGUGUGUGCUCCUGCUGGCCUGCACUACGUUCUUUCUGAGAAAGGAAACAGAGUUAUGUGUAUAUAUCAGCACUCUAUUUUUGCACUGUUCUGUCAGCGCUGGGGAGCGCUGCACACAGCACUUCAGCGGUUGAUGGGCUGUGUGCGUGACAGGCACACCGCCACCAGGAGCGACUGGUGCAAGGCGUCGUGCCGCCUCUGGACGAGGGCCGGGGUCUCGCUUGCAGCCCUUAGUGAAACAGCUCGUGUCUGCGCACACCGCUCGUGUCUGCUGUUGGUGUCCUGUGUGUCAACGUGGUAAAGUGGUGAAUUAAAGGAGUUAC